AUGACAUAUUUUUGGUAUGUUCUUGAUCUUAUUCACAUCAGACACCCACCUGCUUUUGGUUUCUCCCUAAAGACUAUCUUCGCACGGUUUCUUUGGGCCAGCCCAUCUGAAGACAGUGAAGAUUCUCUCAGUUCUCCUGUAAGUCAAUUGCAGCAAACCGUUUCUUUCUUCCAAAACAUAAGUAAAUAUGAGGAAGAAAUAAAAAAGUUUGUAACAGCUGUGGUUAACGAGGAAGUGGAGACAGCAGAGAAACACUUGAUUGUUAAAAAUCCAGAACUUCCUGAUUUUGAAUGCUGCCUGGCUGAUGCUCGUUAUAAGGGUGAUGGCCAGCCUGUUUUACACAAGGCAGUUCUUCGUUGUAAUGUACCCAUUGUGAGAAACAUUGCUCAUGCACUCGUCUGUAUCAACAAGAUACAGCUUGAUUCUAUCCGAGAUUCGUUUUAUCGAACUGCUUUACACUAUGCAUAUGGCAUGACAGAGGACACUGAAGUGGCAAAUAUUUUACUUGAUUAUGGCUGUUCUGAAUUUACAGUUGAUAAGGAUGGUCGUUCUCCUCUUUCAUUCAAGGAUAGACGAAACCAAAAAUUAAUGGCUGACCUCUUGACCUAUCAAUUAAGCCAGGUAUGUUUUUUCUUCUAUUUUUCUUUUCUCUCUUUCUUUCUUUCUUUUUUUUUUCUUUUCUCUCUUUCUUUCUUUUCUCUCUUUCUUUCUUUUCUCUCUUUCUUUCUUUUCUCUCUUUCUUUCUUUUCUCUUUUUCUUUCUUUUCUCUCUCUCUCUUUCUUUUCUCUCUCUCUCUUUCUUUUCUCUCUCUCUCUUUCUUUUCUCUCUCUCUCUUUUCUCUUUUCUCUCUCUUUUCUCUUUUCUCUCUCUUUUCUCUUUUCUCUCUCUUUUCUCUUUUCUCUCUCUUUCUUUUCUCUCUCUCUCUUUUUCUCUCUCUCUCUCUCUUUCUUUUCUCUCUCUCUCUCUCUUUCUCUCUCUCUCUUUAUAAAUUUAUAA